AGCCAUUGCUAAGGGGAUACCAUAUAGACUACUAAACUUUUUAGCUUAUCUAAGACGCCCAUGAAGUACGUAUCGCUCGCUGCCAUAGCCCUCUGGUCGGCGUCGGUACUUGGGGCCGGGGCCGUCCAGGUCCGUAACGAGAAGGACUUGUAUAAUAAUUUCGACCGUAUUAAACGUGGAGCCGUAUUAAAUGAUGUAUUUGAUAUCAAACAGAGUUUAGCCGAUCAAUAUAAUGAAUCAGAAACCGAUGACAAAUGUCCUCCGUGUUUCAAUUGUAAUUUGCCUAACUUUGAAUGUGUUCAAUUCUCCCAGUGUAAUACAUUUACAGGGAGAUGUGAAUGUCGUGAUGGUUAUGGUGGAUUAGAUUGUUCAGAACCGUUAUGUGGAUCAUUAUCCGAUGGAAAUAAUAAUCGACCAUCCCGUCAAGAACCUACAUGUGAUUGUAAGCCGGGAUGGUCAGGUAUUAAUUGUAAUAUGUGUACUGAAGAUAAUGUAUGUGAUGCCUUUAUGCCCGAAGGUUUAUCAGGUACUUGUUAUAAAAGUGGGAUUAUUGUUAAUAAAUUCCACCAAAUGUGUGAUGUAACUAAUCCCAAGAUUAUAUCAAUUCUUGGAGGUAAGAAACCUCAGGCCACUUUUAGUUGUAAUAGAAGUGCAGAGAAUUGUGAUUUCCAAUUUUGGAUUGAUCAAAGAGAAUCAUUUUAUUGUAGUUUAAACAAGUGUAAACUUGACUAUGAUCUUAGUGCUAAUACUACUCAUUAUAAUUGUGAAGAAGUGGCCUGUAAAUGUUUACCUGAUCGAAUGCUCUGUGGAGAAGCAGGAUCUAUUGAUAUUUCUGAAUUCUUGACUGAAACCAUCAAAGGACCCGGGGAUUUUAGCUGUGAUGUGGCCGAUAGAACUUGUCGAUUCUCAGAACCAAGUAUGAAUGAUUUAAUUCAAAGUGUAUUUGGAGAUCCUUAUAUUACUUUAAAAUGUAAAUCUGGUGAAUGUGUUCAUAAAAGUGAAAUUCCAGGUUAUGAUAUUCCUGAUAAAACCAAAUUAACUUUAAAUAAUAUAAUCUUAAUCAUUGGUGUGGCUCUUGUAUGUGGAUUAAUUAUUAUAUCUGGUGUACAUAAUAUAAAUCAAUCACCAUUAUUUAAACAAAGUGGUGAAGAUUUAUAUGAACCAUUUGAUGCUGAUAAUGCUGCUAUGAAUAAGAAUUUUACUCCUACAACACUUUCAUUUGAAAAUGUUAGUUAUACUGUAAAGGGACAAACAGUUCUUAAGAAUGUAUUUGGAAUUGUUCAACCUCGCGAAUGUUUAGCUAUUUUAGGAGGUCUGGGUGCUGGUAAGACUACUUUAUUAGAUAUUUUAGCUGGUAAAAAUAAGGGAGGUAUUGUUACGGGUGACAUUUAUGUUAAUGGUAAUAUACUUGAAAAUGAAGAUUAUAAACGGAUAGUGGGAUAUGUUGAUCAAGAAGAUCAUUUAAUUCCUACAUUGACUGUAUAUGAAACCGUACUUAAUAGUGCAUUAUUAAGAUUACCUCGAGAUAUGACUCUUAGACAAAAGGAAGCCAGAGUGGUUGAAGUAUUAAAUGAAUUAAGGAUCUUAAACAUUAAGGAUAGAGUUAUUGGAUCUGACUUUAAGAGAGGCAUUUCAGGAGGUGAAAAGAGACGAGUAUCAAUUGCUUGUGAAUUGGUUACUUCACCUUCAGUAUUAUUUUUAGAUGAACCAACGUCUGGUUUAGAUGCUUAUAAUGCCAGAAAUGUUAUUGAAUCAUUGGUUAAAUUAUCUCGAGAUUUCAAUAGAACCAUUGUAUUUACUAUCCAUCAACCUAGAAGUAAUAUUGUAUCAUUAUUUGAUAAACUUAUCCUUUUAAGUGAAGGAGAUCUUGUUUACUCGGGUGAUAUGAUUAAGUGUAAUGAUUAUUUUGCACGCAAUGGAUAUCAAUGUCCUUUGGGUUAUAACAUAGCCGACUUUUUAAUUGAUAUUACUGUAAAACAUAAACAAAUUGGCAAACUGUCAUCGGCUGAAACUCCCGAUGUUCAUGCUGAAUUCACUCAAACUUCAGGUGAAACUGAUACUACAAGAGAAUGGCAGCAUUAUGCUAUUCAUCGGGAUGAUUUUAAUCAUGAUCAUGAUACCGAAGAAGAUACGGUAGUUCAGUACACUGGUAAUUUAUCCACUGUGUUUAUAGAAUCUCCUAUAGCAGGAGAUAUUAAACAAGAAAUCACAGCCAUUAAGGAAUCCCCAAUUGCUAUAGAUGUUAGUAGAAAGAGAAUCAAACGUGCCAGUUUCUUAUCACAAGUAUUGAUUGUAUCAUCAAGAACUUUCAAGAACUUGUAUAGAAACCCUCGACUCUUACUUUCUCAUUAUUUCCUUUCCUUUUUAGUAGGAGGAUUCUGUGGUUAUUUAUAUUAUGAUGUUCAUAAUGAUAUUAGUGGAUUCCAGAAUAGAUUGGGAUUAUUCUUCUUUGUAUUGGCAUUCUUUGGUUUCUCAUCACUCACUGGGUUACAUUCGUUUUCGACAGAAAGAAUUAUCUUUAUUCGAGAAAGAGCCAAUAAUUAUUAUCAUCCUCUUAGUUACUAUUUGAGUAAAAUCUUUUGUGAUGUGUUACCAUUAAGAGUAUUUCCUCCUAUUUUAUUAGUCAGUAUAAUAUAUCCAUUGGUUGGUUUAACUAUGGAGCAUAAUGCAUUCUUAAAGACUAUUUUAGUGGUAGUCUUAUUUAAUGUGGCAGUAUCAGUUGAGAUGCUCAUUGUGGGGAUCUUAAUUAAAGAACCUGGAACUUCUACUAUGUUAGGAGUAUUGGUAUUAUUAUUAUCACUCUUAUUUGCAGGAUUAUUUGUCAAUAGUGAAGAUUUGAAAGGUAGUAUAAGAUGGUUGGAAUGGGUAUCUGUAUUCCAUUAUGCAUAUGAAGCAUUAUCCAUUAAUGAAGUUAAAGAUUUGAUCUUAAAGGAAAAGAAGUAUGGACUCUCCAUUGAAGUUCCAGGAGCUGUCAUCUUAAGUACGUUCGGAUUCGAUGUAGGAGCCUUCUGGAAGGAUAUUUCCUAUUUGGGUGGACUUGCCGUGACAUUCUUAAUUAUUGGCUAUGUGUUUUUACACUAUUUUACUAUUGAAAAGAGAUAACUUAUAUAGACAGUUUUAAUUAUAUUAUUAAAAGAAAAGAAAAGAAAAGAAACUAAAAGAAAUAAAAGAAUAUACACCUUGUUUAACUAG